UUAAUCUUUCUUGGAAACCCAAAGUUACUGUUUGCUUUACUCAACCUGUCUUAUCAUUGCAGCCUACUCUUUCCCAUGCCUCUCCAAUGUUAGUCUGUCUAUUACCUUCUACUUCCGCUUUCCUCCCUCCUCAUUUCUCACCAAACUGCCAUUCAUCUUCAUAUUUCCAUUUUCCUUUUUUAUUUUAAGCUUCUGUUCAGCAUGGCUCGACCGAUGGAGAAAGUUGUGGACAUCAACGACUCCAAGGAACUAUGGAAGGUGGCGGUUAGAGUUGUCCAUAAAUGGAAGGUAGUCUCCAACAACAAGGAGCACUAUGAGAUGAUCUUUCAAGACAAAGAGGGGUCUGACAUUCACGUAGUUGUUCCAAAUACGUGCAUGGCCGCUUACAAUGACAAGUUUGAGGUGGACAACACAUACACUGUCUCCAACUUUGCAGUGCCGCCAAAUAACUUGGUUUUUAAACCAAGCACUCACAAGUUCUUGGUGAAGUUCACGGGAGGAACUUCUGUGAAUGAUGUCAACAAACACGACAUACCCCCCAUGCAACGCGCCUUCACCAGUUUCCCUGAUAUUAUGAUCGGCAAGUUUAAGAAGGAUGUCUUGAUCGACGUUAUUGGCGUGAUCGAUGCUAUUGGAUAUCAACAAACUCAAAGUGGUGGGGAAACAAUGCAGGUCAAUUUUGUACUCAGGGAUGCAACCAACAACACAAUGAACUGCACCCUCUGGGAGGACUAUGCCAAACAGUUUUUCAAGUUUCACGAGAAAAAUCCAACAACCUCUGGACCAACUGUGAUUUUGCUUAGCUAUGCAAAAGUUAAGGAACAGGGCCAAUACCCACUAUCCGUUACAAAUACAUUCCAUGUUACAAAACUCCAGAUCAAUCCAGAUUUGCCUUCUGUUAAAGACUUCGUAAAUGGUUUCUCAAAGGAGGAUUUGCGUACCGUUUCAAGCCAGCUCAACUCACACUCUCAGCAAUACUCGCGCAGCUCGAAUUCUGAGAAUGGUAGACAGAGUGACACUCAAAAACUGCUUAAUAUGGUUGUUACUCUGCCUCUGAGUCAACUUAAACAACUGCGCGAGGACACUUUCUGUGCUACUGUUGCAAAGACAAGGAAACUCAUUGCUUCUUCCUAUGGAUGGUACUACCGGUGCUGCCAUGCAUGCACCAAAGCUGCACGCGGUGAUAAAACUCCAUACGAAUGUGAUAAUCACCAUUUGACUGGGACUGAAAUAUAUAAGGAAUGCCAACAAAUCUUAGGUAUUUCAGCUGCUCAAAUGCGCGACACAAUGAUACAUGCUGGUAUUACAGAUCCUUUGGAUUUUCCCUUAAAGCUUGAUGCCAUGUUGGACUUGGAUCUGGCUUUAAGAGUUAGAUGGCAGCCCAGUUGGGACAGCUGCUCUGUUAUUAGGUUUAUAGAUGACAAACUGUUUGUUAAACAAUUCGGUGCUCCUUGGGAGCCUAGGUAG